UGGAUGGAGAUCAGCUGGGACAAUAACAACAACAAUAACCGCGGAUGACUGAGACAUGCGGGGACGUUUUCUGGGAAACAUAUACGAGCUACAAGUCCAUGUAUGGUUUGCUAAUUUGACGGAUGCAAAUUUUUAGGUGCUUUAUUGUUACAUAUAUGUUGGUACAGCUUCUUCCUGUAUUGCCCCAACAAACUGAGGGGGUUGGUGGCUAAUAACUCCGCUAGCAUAAGCUAACAUAUUUUACUGUAUAUUCUCACAUUGGACGCUACUAUUGAACACUUUCACGUACUCUUACUUAAACAUAAAGAUGCCUUUGAGUGACAGCGGAUGUUAUGUUUUAUUAACGUCGCACCUACUCCUGAAAAAGUGCCGUAAAGUUUAACUGGUCAUUUCGUUAAAGUCACUGCCUUGCGUGGGGUUUGAAUCCUGCUCGCUGGGGGGGGAAAAUGGUGAGCUUAUCGGCGUGUUUGUGCACUUUUGUGUCGUUCGUCCGCUCAGCUAGCUAAGUUAGCAUGCUUUUGCUGAUGGGGCCUGGUUCCAUACUGACAAGCACAGGUCAAAACAAAAGGUUAGCAUGCUAGCAAGCUAACCACCCUGGCCCUGUUUGCUACGCUAUAUUUUAUGUGUGUUUAAACACAUAUUAAGCUGUCGAGUUGUUGUACAUAUAGCAGUAUUGUAGUCCCGUUUGGAAUACCAUCCUGUCUUGCUGGAGUUGUGCAGGACCCCCCCACCCUCAUAUCACAGAGACAUAUGCCCAUGAGGACAUCACAUGGUGUUUCCACUGUGGCCUCCAGUUCAGUGAUAAGAAGACCCUUUAAGUGGAUCAAUAUACAUCUUGUGACAUAACAGACUCCCACAGUGAACCCCAUUGCCAUGUCAGAGACUCUGAUAACAGGCCACACGUCAGAGGAUCUCUUGGCCGACUUUGAGACUUUGCUCAACUCCGGAAGCAUCGGCCUGGGUCAGGACCACCAGAUAGUCAUCAUCACCAGCCCCUGUGAUGGGUCCGGACACCACCCAGACACCGCCCCCUCCAGCACAGGGGAAGUCCUGCUCUUUGCGACCCCGCAGGGCCCCGCUGACGUGGCCUUCCAGGACAAGAGGCGACCUACUCUGGGAAGACCACCGGUCAAGAGGAAGUUAGACCUGGAUAGCGACCAUCAGUAUGUUAGCACGAGUCGACCAUCUUCAGGGCACGCGCCGCCAUCCACACCUGCCCCUCCCAGAGUUUUUAGAACUACGACGGAGAAGUCUCGGUAUGACACCUCCUUGAACUUGACCACCAAGCGCUUCCUGGACCUCUUAUCCCAGUCGGCUGAUGGCGUGGUGGACCUGAAUUGGGCCUCGCAGGUGCUGGAUGUGCAGAAGCGGCGCAUCUACGACAUCACCAACGUUCUAGAGGGCAUCCAGCUGAUUUCCAAAAAGUCCAAGAACCACAUCCAGUGGCUUGGCAACCGAAUCGACGGGGAAUCCGUGGCACGCCUUCAAAAGCUGCAGAUGGAGGUGUGUGACCUCACAGCGGCGGAAGCGCAGCUGGACAAGCUCAUCUCCAAAUGCAACCUCCAGUUACGACUGCUCUCCGAGGAACCACAGAACAAGAGGCUGGGCUACGUGCGCUGCCAGGACUUAAGGAAAUCAUUUGAUUCCCCAGACCAGCUAGUCAUGGUAAUCAGAGCUCCACCAGAGACCCAGAUGCAAGUGUCGGACCCCAGCGAGGGCUACCAGGUGUCACUAAAGAGCAUGUGUGGUCCCAUUGACGUCUUCCUCUGCCCGGACGACAGCUCCGGGGUCUGCAGCCCCGUGACAGGAAGUAGUCCAGCAAAAAGCGACACCCACCAGAAGCAUACACAACCCAGCCGCACGUCGUCACCUGGCAAAGACGGAAGCACCGCAGCGGCCUUGGAGGUGGCUUUGUCCUCGCCCGUGUCCACGUCGUCCACGAUGACCGCAGCCUCUCAGACGGACGCCCAGACGCUGACGUUAGCUGCCGACACAGAAACCCUGAUGGGGGGCGAUCCGUUCUCAGGCCUAGGGGACAUGGCCAACUUCGACUUCUCCCCUCUCUCCUCCACGGACUUCCUCAGUGGUGAGGGCCUAAACCUCCCAUUGGACAGCUUCAUUAACUUGUCUCCGCCUAACAGCCACGACUACCACUUUGGCCUGGAGGACGACACGGGCAUCAGCGAACUUUUCGACUGCGACUUCGGAGACCUGUCACAAGUUUGGGGGGGAAACUAAGACAGAGACGAGUAAGGAGAUCUAAAUUGGAAUUGGACGCUGACUGGUUAAUGGAAGAGCUUCCUUUUUGUGGGUGAGUCGGAAGGCUAUAUACUUGUACUGUGGACCCUUGGACGUUUGGACAUCAUCAAAGCCAUUGAAUUUCUCUUUAAAAUAUAGUAUAGUCCAUUGUACGUGCAAAACCAGACCCGUCCUUCUUCCCAUUCCAAAGGACUGCAACUAUUAUGUGACUGUCCUCACACAUGCUGGAGCCUAUCCCAGCUGUCUUCGGGCGAGAGGCGGGGUCCAACCUGAACUGGUGGCCAGCCAAUCACAGGGCGCAUAUAGACAAACAACCAUUCACACUCACAUUCAUACCUACGGACAAUUUGGAGUCGCCAAUUAGCAUUAGCAUGUUAGCAUGUUUUUGGAAUGUGGGAGGAAACCGGAGUACCCGGAGAACCACACAUUCUCGGGGAGAUCAUGCAAACUCCACGCAGAGAGUGGAAUUGAACUUGGGUCUCCUAGCUACGAGGCCUCCGUGCAGCCCAGGUUUGCUGUGAAAAAUAUUGGCAAGAUCCAGGAUGUCAUUACUCACUAUAACAAUCUGACUAAUGGCGUAAUCUCACAAAGAACACUAAACUCAUCACACAGCAAGUUAACACUUAAAAGGUUUAUUAAAAAAAAUACAUUUCUCUGUGAUAACCAUUAGUUAUAUGAUGAUAUAAUGAUAGUGAUUUGACAAAGUUUAGCUCCUAAUCUUAGCCAUCAUUGAAUGCUUAGCCUAUCAUAACAACACAAUCACUCCAAAUUGGUGGUCGCUUCUACUGUGCAUGAGUUUCUAAUAGUAUAAACAUGCUAAAUUUAAAUUUGUAAAUUUUAUGUUAAUUGUCAAACCUCCGAGGGUCCACUGUUUAAUACAUAAGCAAGGUGCGGGAUACCUGUAUUGUAAUUUUCAGGGUGUUCUAAUUGAAAAUCCGCCUAAAAUAAUGCAGCACUUCUCUCUCUCGCUCUGGCAACAUUUUAGCUGUGGUGUAGCUAUAUUUAAAUUAUUUAUAAUAUUUUCUAUCACGUGUUAACGUGCCUGAAGUAGCUUGUGCAUGUCGGUGAGUUUGGCUGUAGCUAGCGUCUUUUUAGAGGCGUUUUGCCGACCAAACCGCGUCUAAAUCACUGAAAUCCCCCAAAAAGACUGGAUCUUUGGUAAGAAGAAGCCAGCGAGGCGCCGCCGGAGGAGCAACGUUUAAAAAAAAAAAAGGUUCCAGGUAUGUUCAGUUCGAGUUAUGGGAUGUUAGCAGGUUAAAAAUAAUAAUACAAAUCAGGGGGGAGUGUCGGUAUGUUGUGUUUUCACAAUCUCAGGGGUGCCAGUUUUUAGCAUCUGGUUUAGCGAUCAUUUGCCUUUUAAAAAAAAAAAAUCUGAGUUCUUAUCGGAUUGGGAGGAUAGUUCCACAAAGAACCCUGGAAGUGCUGAAUGCUAUUGUGUCGUUUUGAUAAGGAUUGGAUGAGGGAAGGUUUUCCAGAAUGUUCCUAUUCCUGCACUUGUUGUUUAUGCCUUUUUAAUGCAGAUUUCCCUCAAGAAUACAUCAUGUAUUGCCAUAACAAAUACAUAACUGUGGCUAAGCUACAAAUUGUGUGCCUAUUUGAUGAUCAACAAACUAGCUCACAGCAUUUUUCUCCUGACUUGCGACCCAUUUUGGCCCCCAAACAUCAGUUUGUAAACUUCUGCGUUUAAAUUGCAUUCAAAAUCCACGCAAAAAUGUAAUGUUUUCUGCAAAUUAUUGCAUUCUUUCUAAUAGCUACCGACGUAGAAGUUAUGUUGGCCUUUUUUUUUUUGUUUGUUUGUUUAUGUGUUCUAAAUAUGUUUGCUGUGUUUAAGUUUGUAUUUAUUAUCGUUUUGAUGGAAUUGUAGAGAAAUGGUACCAGUCUUACUGGCAGGAAAAUGGCUUGUCAUACUGUUUUUAAUUCAGUAGCGCCAGCUCAAAAAAAAUGAUUCCCUGUUGACAAGAAGUGUUGCUUCAAGGGAUGGUUUGUAUUUUUUUGACAUGAAGUCCUCAUCAGCAGUGUACUUAAGCAACAGUGACUUACCCCACUCUUUUUUUUAUGUGGUGGAACACGUUCAUAAACAAGAUGGCCGCAGCGCUCCCUCAUAGAAGUCAUAUACACAAGAAUGGACCAGGCGACUGGAGGUUUUGUGUAUUACUCUUCAUUCAUUCAUUUUCUACCGCUUUUCCUCACGAGGCCCGUCGGGCAGGGUACACCCUGGACUGGUGGCCAGCCAGCCAAUCACAGGGCACAUAUAGACAAACAACCAUUCACACUCACCUAUACCUAGGGACAAUUUGGAGUCGCUAAUUAACCUAGCAUGUUUUUUUUGGAAUGUGGGAGGAAACCGGAGUACCCGGAAAAAACCCACACAUUCCGGGGAGAACAUGCAAACUCCACGCAGAGAGUGGAAUUGCGCGCUAACCACUCGACCGCUGUGCAGCCGUUAUUACUCUUCUGAACGCAUAUUGUUUUGAGAAGCCAAACUUUAUUGUUUUUUUUUUUAAUGACCACAGCAACUAUGUUCCUUAUCACGGACCAGAACUGGACUCACGGGUCCAAUCGGGGAUGAGUAAGACACCGUUGCUGUAGUACACUGCUGAUGACAAAAAUCCCAACCAUCCCUUCAAUGUUAGCGUAUUUAAUUUUGUGCUUCAUCUUUGUACAUUUUGACUCUGUCACUUUAUUAUUUGAUAUAUAUUUUUAUUUGCAUCAGCAUUGUAGAUUUAUGUUAAGGGUGCCUCCUUAAGAAUAUUUAAAAUACAUUUUUUUUUUUAAAUCUCGUCAUAAGUGUAACUCUUGCUUUAUAACGAAGUGUACUCAUACGUAAGUUCAAACCGGGUGUACAGACACCAUUGUUGUGCCAAGAACAUGGUGCACAGUUAUAUUCGGUUUGCUUUUAAAUUUGGUGUGUUCAUAAUAGAGCUUGUGUUCUCAACAUAUUCCAAAAAUCAUAUUUCAAUGUUCAAUUCUGACCAUUUUAUGACCCUUUUUAAUGAGAGGGAGUGGAGAAGGAGGUGCGGUUGACCAACUACAGCACUUGGUAAUGCUAGCGUAGCAGACCUGUCAACAUUUGACUGCUUUCAGUUUUCUUGUUUUGAUUAAAAAAUAGAUCCAAAAAACAGGAUGUAAUAUUGAUAUGAACUCGGCCCACAAUGAUAAAUUUUUAUUUUUGGAAUUUUUUUUUGUCAGGGAGUACUCGUAAAUGCCUUGAGGGUUGGCAGGUCUGCUAUUAAAUGGGCUUACUGUACUUGCUAUACAUUUAAUACAGACGUGUACGUUUUUAGUUGUAUGAUGAUUUGGCAUCAACCCUAAUUCAAAGCGCUUUUGAAGGGAAUACAUUCAUUCAAACGAAAAUCAUUGUCGCUUUUUGAAAUGCAUGUCCAUUUUUUUUAUUUUUGUCAUUAGUUGGUUAAAAUAAAAGUUGUACUUGUGAGUUCUAGACAUUUUUUCUCCCCA